AUGGAGGGGUGGGAUUCAGUUUCUAAACCAAGAGUACUUGUCAUGGCUCGCACUAAGCAAACUGCUCGUAAGUCCACUGGCGGCAAGGCGCCUCGCAAGCAGCUGGCCACCAAGGCGGCUCGCAAGAGUGCGCCGGCCACCGGCGGCGUGAAAAAACCCCACCGCUACCGACCCGGCACGGUGGCCUUGCGCGAGAUCCGCCGCUACCAAAAGUCCACGGAGCUUCUUAUCCGUAAACUGCCUUUUCAGCGCCUUGUGCGUGAGAUUGCCCAGGAUUUCAAGACCGAUCUGCGCUUCCAGAGUUCAGCGGUGAUGGCACUGCAGGAGGCAUGCGAAGCCUAUCUGGUGGGUCUUUUCGAGGACACCAAUCUGUGCGCCAUCCACGCUAAGCGUGUUACCAUCAUGCCCAAGGACAUCCAGUUAGCCCGCCGGAUCCGCGGGGAGCGGGCAUAAUUACUGCUUUUCUCUGAAAUUUCAACCAAAGGCUCUUUUCAGAGCCACCCACGUUUUCAAGUAAGGGCUGUAAGAAACUAACUUUCCAACUCAAGUUGUUCAG